UAUCGGUUAUGCGCUGGAGCUAAGUAUGGCGUCGCGGUCAUAUUUGACAUGGAGCGUUCCUAAAUUGAGGGCUGAAUUGGCAACAAAAGGUGCAAGUGUUGGCGGGAGAAAAACAGAACUUAUUGAAAGAUUGAAAGCAUAUGACAGAAACAGAGAUUUUCAACCCCCUCCUCUAGAAAGUGUCCCUACCCCUGUAUCUGUGGGCUGGCCAGUGUCUGGCUACCAACAGCUCCAGAAAGAACAUAAAGUUUUCCUGCCGAAAAUAACUACGGAGCAGAUAAACCAGUAUUUUGUUUACAGAAUAGCAGGUGAUAAGCAGUUUACGAAAGACAUUAAGGCAGUGUCCAAGGGUUCUGCAAUGUUCCAAGGGAAUAGAGUGCAGGCAUGCUCUGUUGUUGUGAAAGAAAAUGACAUCUACUUUACGGGGAUUGUUGGUGCUGCGAUGAAAAAUAAGGUUUCUUAUAACUAUAAACUGAAAAUGGACAAAAGGACAGGAGACGCCAUAAAUAGUGACUGCGAGUGUCCAGCAGGAAAAGGACCCCAUGGGACCUGUAAGCACCUAGCUGCUGUCAUGCUCAUGCUGCAGCAUUUUACAGAGACAGGGAAUGUUGCUGUUGGUAAAAGUUGUACUGAAAAUCUGCAGCUUUUCCACAAACCAAAGGCAACUUACCAUGGUGUCCCAGUGGAGGCAGAAAGUAUUCCAUCAAAGAGAAAACUGUCUGACGAAUCUUUGGAGGAUCAACGGCCAGCAAAAUUCAGAAAAAUGCCAGGUUACCAAGAUUAUGUUUGGAGUCAGCUUAUCAAUUACUGCUCUAUGACGUCACAAGAUAUUGCACUCAGAUAUCUCUUUAAAAAGGCCGAUAUACAGGUUGCUGCUGUUGAUCAUCAUUAUACUAGUAUACCUAUUACAGAGUACUGGGUGGAUGAAGCAAACAAGGUGACUGAAGAAGACAUAACAAAGAUUGAAAAAGAAACAAGACAACAAGCAUCAUGCAAACUAUGGUUUCAUCAUAGAUCCUGGCGUCUUACAGCUUCAAGAUUUGGAGAACUCUGCAAGUUGACUUCAAGAAGAAAUAUCACCAAACUUUGUCAAAAUCUGUUGUCUGUAAACAACUCUCUACAAAACAGUGCUUUGGCACACGGUAAAAAUUACGAGUCAAAGGCAUUGAAGUCAUUUGAGUUAAAAUAUGACUGCAAAGCAAGAUCUGUUGGUUUCUGCAUUUGUGCAUCUAAACCUUUUCUAGGUGCUACACCUGAUGCUUUAUUGUAUGAUGAUUGUCUUGUUGAAAUUAAAUGUCCAUAUUCAGGAAGAAAUGAAAAGAUUCUUCCAGGCAAGCAUUUUAGAUUUUUGGAGUAUAAUGAAACAAAUGAAAUCAUCUUAAAAAGAACAAGCAAUUACUAUUAUCAAGUGCAAGGGAAACUUCACAUAUGUCAAAAAAAAGUUUGUUACUUUGUUGUAUACACUUUCAAAGAUUUGUUUGUUGAGAAAAUCAAGUAUGAUGAAGAAUAUUGUACUGGGUCACUCAUUCCAAAGCUAGAAACAUUCUACACCAAGUUUUUCAGACCUUUUAUUGCCUCUACUCUUUGA